UUGUUUAGUUUGGCUUUGACAUAGCAUCUUUGUCAUCAUGGAGUACAGAAAUAUAUUGCUUCUUUUGUUGAUCGGCGUUCCACAGUCAUGGUGUCAUCUUUGUUUGAUAUUCCCAGAACAAAGAGGGGCCAUGGAUAUCACUAGGAGUGGUAGUAGUACCUGCUUCAGGCAUGGUGCUCCAUGUGGAGGACAACCACCUGAAACACCAGGAGUCACUCCGUAUAUGGGCGGACAACAAAUGUGGAUAAAAAUACAACAGAACUAUAAUCACUAUGAAGUUGGUUUUCCAGGAUAUAUGGAUAUUGCUGUUGCUCCACUAAAUAGUACUGACUUCCAGAUGUUGGCAUUUACACCAGAUUAUUAUGUGCAUGCGCAGGAUCAUCAGAAAAAUUUUACAACUAUAGUGGUGCUGCCUAACAUUGAUUGUGAUCACUGUGUGAUUCGAGCACGUUAUAAUCCUCAUAAACCGGGAGAAACCACUUUCUAUCAAUGUGCUGAUAUCAAAAUAAAGAAAUCUAAUGGGUUAACGCAAAGCCAACCAAUGUCUCUUCCUCCGUUGUCACAAAGUCUCGAUCCUGAGUAUAGAACUGUCAGAAAGAAGAUUGAUGUAUUGAGACACAGAAACAGGUUUGGACCGAAAAUAGACAAACAAUAUCUCAUCGGCUUAUCAUAUAACCCAUUUGACAAAGCUACAGUAAAUUUGAUGAACAUCUCCUUAACAACAGGUUACCCUAAAUACGUCGACGGAUACAAUUUGCUGAUUAUUGAAUCUAAAUUAAAAAACGAUGUUACAAAGCAUAAAUCGGUUACCAGGGAAACCGAGAAGAUUUUUGGUUACAUCUGUGCCGCCAUUGGCGCCAUUAAUUCAAAGGGAAAUUACGUUGGACUGUUUCAUGAUGAACAAUUGGACGAUGACUUAUCAUUCAGCUUCAUGGAAAUAGGCCUACAUGGGGAAAACAUUGAGUUUUACCCUUUGAAAGGUCUAAAUGCACCAAUCAAUGCCAUGUUACCAUAUUCCAAUGGUAGCUACUAUACUUUCUCGAUUGCAGAGGGAGCGGAGAAAGGAGACUAUGUAUUUGAAGUAGGAACAUUGAUAUUUCAUCCAGAUCCUAAGGAUUAUGAUCCUUGGUAUCAGUAUACACCAAUGGUAAAGUCUGUGCCGGAGAAUUUAUAUAUAAACUUCCAGUGGGCAGAAUAUGAUCCAAUCAGGAACUUGAUUUAUGUUUUGAUGGGAAAUGAAAACUCACCAGAUCGUUUACAGGCUAGAUUAUAUACUUUCAGUAUUUUUAAUAUGUCAAUUGCAAUUACAGAUAUUGACGUAGAUGAGUUUACAUUUACAUCGAUGCAUUUCGAUAAAAGAACUGGGAAGAUUUACGCUGUGUCGCCUGGGCUUUUUUAUUCGACGAACGUUCAGUGGCAUUUGAUAGAAGUGGACCCAUUCACUGGCAAAUCAGAAAGUGUUUUUCAGAUCGCUACAUUCGGUUAUUUUGCACGAUACUAUGGAGGGAGUAUUUUUAAUGGAAUAAGUCCUGAAGGUAUUCUGUAUCAUGUCUUUAGACUUUAUGACACAGAUGCUGACGUCAUUGCUGCAAUUGACAUCGCCAAGAAAACGGUUACGUUCUCAGAAAUAACAAAUUUAAGAAGUGUCCAUAACUUAGCUCUUGUGAACGGACCAUAGAGUAAUAAAUUUAUGUUUUUGUUUUGUAAUUGAUUUACAUAAAUAUUGAAAGUUCGAUCACUUCAGAGCUUUACCGCUUUUUUUAUAUUUUGUAUAUGCAUAUUUCCUUUAUAGGUAUAAAAAAGCACUUUACCGGAUUAUUGAGCUAGAAGUGCUUCAAAUUAUUGACAGUUUCAUCUGGUUGUUUUAACAUGUACCUUGUUAUAUUUGCAUGCAGUUUGGGUAUAAAAUGUUCAGUUUCUAAACAUUCAA